ACACAGGGACCCAGUCAAUCAGUCUUUCAACCCUGCCAUUUUUGCGCCCACUAAACCCUAAUCUAUCACGCUUUCGUCGAUUUUCAGAUAGCCUAACGUUGCCCCCAUGCAUCUCGACUUCUUCAGAACGGCGGCCACUGACAAUCGCCAAUUUUCACCCUCUUGUGUUUAGAACGGGGCUGCCGGCAGCCAACCGUCGCCCAACCCUCCUCUCGGCAAUCCUGUGAUCCCUGUGCCAAAGCCUGCAGGUGGAGUCACUCUUUAUGUACCUCGUUCUGAACUUCACCACCUCUACUCUGUCGACACUUGUCGAUGCGUACCCAUAGACAUGUUACUACAUGCCAUCCAGCCUUCUUCUCUUCUUUUCACUCUCUCGCCUGCCGUGUUGGCCAGAGUCAUGCUGUUGCAACGCCCUUUGAACACCUUGUUGAAUUUUUCAAACAAUUGAGAUUGACCGAUGGAGGAUCCACGGGUGGGCUCUGCGCGCGACAACGAAACCGCCCCAGGACUCUCUCGUGUGGCAUCAGGUUCAAACUCCGCGUCGGUCAGCACGCUUCUGGCUACCUUGGCCCCCGUCGCAAUCUGGACUGGUGCCUGUCUCUUGAUCUUCCUCGUCCUACGUCGCUUUUGCCCUCGAGUCUACUCCCCUCGAACUUUUGUGUCAAGCUUGAAACCUCAUGAACGAAGUCCCGCUUUACCGUCUGGUUGGUUCAAAUGGUAUAUAUCAUUUUACAAAGUCCCGGACACUUUCGUCCUGAACCACUCCUCCCUCGAUGGCUAUCUUUUCCUCCGAUUUUUGCGAGUGUUAGGCGUCAUAUGCAUCGUAGGAAUGCUUCUGCUAUGGCCCACCCUCAUCCCAAUUCACGUCACAGGCGGGGCGGGGAACAAGGCCUUGGAUUCCUUGACCAUUGGUAAUGUGGUUAGCCCAAAGAGACUUUAUGCUCAUGUUGUUCUGGCCUGGGUUUACUUUGGUUUCAUCUUAUACAUGGUCUCACGAGAAUGCGUCUACUAUAUCAACCUACGCCAAGCAUAUCUCCUUUCCGACUUCUAUGCCAAUCGCUUGUCUUCUCGAACCGUCUUGUACACGGGUGUGCCCCGUCAGUACUUAGACGAAUCACGCCUUCGAUGGCUCCUGGGAAAAUCUGUCAAGCGUAUCUGGAUGCCUCAAUCUUGUGAUGAGUUGGAGAAACUGGUCAAAGAACGGGAGCAAACGGCGAUGCGUUUGGAAAAGGCAGAGUUUGCUCUCAUUCGAAUGGCCAACUUCGCGAGGAAACGUAUGAUGAAGAAGCAGAAGGGCGAAACUAGCGAAACUGCUGAAGCUGCUGAAAGUGGUGCAGAUACUGAGAAGGGUGAAAAGGGUGAGAAGGGCUAUGCAUUGACCACGACCGAGUCAAAAUGCGGAGAGAAGGGCCGCAAAUUUCUUCCAGACUCGCCUGUGAUCUCUAUGGAUGGAAAGACCAUGAACGAAGCCGAAGAUGGUCGGUCAUCACCCACAUCCUCCACAUCCUCCUCCUCCGAUUCCGAGACACCGAACCAUCUUCCCGAUGUCAACGGCUCCGUCGCCUCACAGUGGAUGUCUCACAGCUCGCGACCUCAUCAUCGUCCGAUUGCAAACGGGUUCAAACGUGUCGACACCAUCAAAUGGACCAGACUCCGAAUCAAGUUGUUAAAUUCCAAGAUACGUAAUCUUCGCCAAGCACAGCUCUUCAAAACCGACAACUACAUGUCCUGUGUCUUUGUCGAGUUCGAAACCCUUACAGAUGCCCAGAAUGCCUAUCAGACUCUGACGCAUCACCGGCCUCUCCACAUGUCUCAAAGAUAUAUCGGGGUCAAGCCCUCGGAAAUAUUAUGGUCUUCACUAUCAAUGUCAUGGUGGCAGCGCAUCAUUCGUCGCUUUUCAAUCCAGACAUUCAUUUGUGUCUUGAUCAUCUUCUGGGCUAUACCCAGCGCUUUGGUUGGCUCAAUUUCCAACAUCAAGUAUCUGGCAGAGACGGUCCCCUUUUUGAACUGGAUCGGGAAACUUCCGCAGGUCAUCAUCGGAGUCUUGAGUGGUGUUCUUCCCGCAUUGGCACUGUCGUUUCUCAUGAGCAUUGUGCCUGGCAUCCUGAGAUUUCUGGCCAAACUCGCCGGCAUUCCGACCCUGAGCAGGAUCGAGCUCUUUGUCCAGCACGCAUAUUUUGCCUUUCAGGUCGUGCAGGUCUUCUUGAUCACGACACUCACGUCCGCCGCAUCGGCUGCAGUUGGAGAGCUCCUUGCUGAUCCAACCAUGGCCAAAGACCUCCUGUCCCAGAAUUUGCCAAAAGCCUCAAAUUUUUACCUCAACUAUUUUCUGAUUCAGAGCUUGUUCUUUGCAUCUGCAAACCUCGUCCAGGUCUUCAACCUGUUCAAGUUCCACGUUUUCCCACGUUUGACCAAGAACGUGAGAAAACAAUACAACAAAUGGCAUCAAUUGGAGAGAGUUCACUGGGGUGGCGUCUUUCCUGUCUAUACCAAUCUUGGUGUCAUCACUAUCACCUAUUCCCUGAUUGCACCAGUCAUACUUGGCUUUGCACUACUCGGUGUCGCCUUUCUGCAUGCCGUCUGGCGAUACAAUCUUAUUUACGUGUACGACUCUGAGAUUGAUACAAAGGGACUGGUGUAUCCUCGCGCUCUGUUGCAACUACUACUAGGUCUGUACUUUGCAGAGGUUUGUCUAUUUGGUCUGUUCACACUACGAGAAGCCUUUGGCCCAGUUGCCAUGAUCGCAGCUCUGGUGGUCGUUACUGGGGUAAUACACCAUUCAUUGAUCGAAGCACUCGGACCCCUGUUAUGGAGUCUACCGAAGAGUUUGACCACCGAAGAAGACCAACAUUUGAUAGGCGGCGAGUUUGAAACAACACGAGCUGCAAACAUAGCUGAACAACAACGACGGUUCGCUCAAGAGCGCGAAGACGAAAGAGAUCCAGAUGAAGUCGUACAUGAGCCAGGAGCAACUCGUGGUGUUGCUGUUGAAGGCGCGAGUGGAAUGGCAGACACUUUGAAAGAGGGUGCGACUGUGAUGAUCCAAAAGCGAAUCGACAAGAAAUUCCCACAAUUGGCCAAGGCAAUUGAUUUCUUUAUGGUCUAUUGGAGACAUUGGAUGUCCCCAGCUCCAGAUGAAAAAGUCAACUUCAUCAUCCGUUGGCUACACCCAGAAAUCUUCUCCGACUUCACUGUUCUGCGCCGUAUGGUUCCGACCGACCUCCCUGAGCCAAAGUACCCCGAUGAGGUGGAACGCGAUGUCUACUACCCACCUGCAUUCUUCGCAAAGCCACCGAAUCUAUGGAUUCCCAAAGAUCCUGCUGGAAUCAGUACCCAGGAGGUCAAACACACGGAGAAGAUCCUUCCAAUGACAGAUGAACACGUGACUAUGGACGACCGUGGUCGAUUGAAGAUCGAUUUUGAUGCAACUCGGCAGGAGCUGGAACUCACCAAGUUAAGAUACUGAACACGGCCGAAAGAUUAAAGCGCUUUCGGGCAUAUGUAUAAAUGUAGUUUGAAGUAAUACGAUACGAUACCCAAUGUUGAAA